AGCAUUCUCUACACGGAAAGAAUGAUGGCAAGGUUUGUCAUCGACUUCCGAUCUUGUUCCUGAAGUAAAGGAAACCACGGGUAUUAGAAUAUUAGAAGGCAACUUUGAUGAACUUUGGCGCUACUUGACUUUUUUGCAGUCUCAAUUUCCCCAAACAAAACCAUCAGUAUGACAUCAACCCGCCAGCUAUGGCCAUUCAUAAACUGAGUGCGUCUAUGAAUGUCAUGUCGGUGAUAACAAAUAUCCGAGAAUAAAUCAACCAAAUCUCAUCACCCAUACCCAUAGGAUAAGAUAUCCACGGCAUCAUGUCUCGGUUUCUUAACCCGGCUAAAAUUGGGCUCCUCGCUCUCAUCGAUCUAUACACAAACAAGGCCGUCCCAACGGCUUCCACCGUGGAGGUACUCUCCUUCAUUACUUCUCAUUUGAUUGACACCGCUCCGACUUCUUCUGACACCGAAAGUCGAUGGAAGCGCGCUGAAAGUACCGUCAGCAUAGUGAUCUCUAUUGCAGACUUUGAAAAGGUCUUGGCACCGCACACUGCCGCUUCUGGCAUACCUGGUCGGACUUUAUGGUAUGCAUUUUUAGAAAGGUUAUGGAAGAUCGACUCGCUGGAUGCCUUACAUGAAUUCUUUGAACGUUGUUCAGACUUGUUAGCAAAGACGAAAGACGAGCUCCGCCGAGACGAACAAGAGGGCUUGCCAAUUCCAGGGCCAGAAGUCAUAUUGCUUUCCCGCAACUCACCAUUUGGCGCAUUUGUACGCCGCUCUCAACUUGAAUUCACAAGGCUGCGUUUUCACGAUGCUUUCGAACUGUGGAAGGACUUCGUCAAAUAUCGUCAAACCACGGCUGCCUAUUAUCGGAAGAAGACACCGUCAUUCCAAAGACUCAGUUUCGAUCAUGUUCUAUUAGCUGGGGAGAACGAAUGGGGUCCAGGUGUGGAAGGCAUUGCCUCCGUGGCCUACGGAGAUAUGCUCAGGGACGAUCUUAGUUCUACCUUGCCCGUGAGCACCGAUGAUAUCGAGAAACUCUUAGAAUUCCAGAUCGAACAGAUGCAGAAAUACGGCAAUCGAAUACCCAUAGAGAUACAACGUCAAUUCCAGGACCUGUUAAACGAUAGCUUUAUGAUACCAAGCUUGUCUCACUAUCUAAGCUAUUUGGAUGCCUGGAGAGCGGGCGACUAUUCAACCUCCUUUGAUUACUUGCAUCGAUACUUCGACUACACAAUGCAGAAUAGGGACAGGUCCUUCUACCAAUAUGCACUGAUGAACCUGGCGGUGUUGCAAGCCGACUUUGGGUGCUACAAAGAAGCAAUAUCCGCGAUGUUGGAGACUGUCUCCACCGCUAGAGAAAAUCGGGAUAUGACAUGCUUGAAUUUUGCCCUCAAUUGGCUUUUCCACUUUGGCCGGGCCCAUCCCGAAGUGACCAAGGAACUGGAGUCAAAUAGCAUGCUAGGCACUGGCAAAGAGUCUCUAGCAUUUCUUCGAAGUAGGGCAAAGGAGACGGGCAUGUGGUCACUAUGGAGUUCUGCACUCAUGAGCGAGGCAAAGAUGUGUCUCUCGAACGGCGAAAGUGUAGCCACGGCCAUCGAGCAUCUUGUCAGGAGCUCUCAAAUCUUGGUUGAACGUAACAUGAAGAAUAUGAUCGGCUCCCAACUGUCCAUCAACAUAGCAUUAUGGGACAGGUUAGGGAUCGCUUAUCUGUCGAUGACUACCUGCGAAGUAUUCCUUCGAUGCCAUGCACGUCAUUCGAUCUUCGACGAUGAGUUAAAGGUAACAAGUCGCCAAGCCUCAAUCUUAACCCUCAAAGGGAAGUACGACGAGGCACUUGGAAUCUUGGAAGGCAUGGACGCUAAUUCCCUCCGAGCCUGGAAACCAAGUCAGUAUUGGCACAAGUUCCGGGGUAUUAUCAAAUUAAGAAGAGAUCUCCAUCGGAACAAUCUCGAUGGAGCAGAGCUGCUGAUUUCACAGCUUCUCCAGUCUAAGAAUGAAGAUCUAGAACCUGAUCUUGCGUUCGUGGUCGAUAGUCUCCACGUGGAGUGUCUCGUACGUAGAGGCAUUCUCGACCAGGCUUUCGUCAAAGUGGAAAAGAUGAUAUCAGAGCUUCGUGAUGAGAAUAAAGAUAUUGCCCUACGUAUUCGGCUUCUCCUUCUUAAGGCAGAGCUCCUCGACAAAUGUGGCCGACCGCAGAAAGGAUUUACUAUUGCUGUGCGAGCAGCGAAUGUGGCCUGGCGCGCUCGUCUUAUCCCUUAUCUCUGGCCAGCUAUUGGGGCCAUUGCAAAUAUCCUAACAUCACUCGGUGAAUUCGAACCGGCUAUCCAAUUGCUCAAUGCGAUACUGCCCCGCAGUCUCGAGUGCGAGAAUUCAGCAAUGACCGCGAAACUGUACUCGCACCUCGGCGACGCAAAUAUGGGCAUGGCAGGCAAGAUGCCUCCAAAAUCAAACAAGAGAAGAGAGUUCAUGACGAAGGCGGUGGAAGCGAUCGAGAAAGCUUUCAACCAUUACUCAAGCGUCGAGGAUAUUAAUAAACAGUGCGAGAUGAUGGCUAAGAAAGCUACAAUCAUGAAGGUCUCAGGGGACAACGUGCUUGCUAAUGACUACGCGGCUGCGUACCUCUCCAUACGGAGAGAUGCUGAACGAAUGAAUAUAUGAUUGGAGGGUUUAACUAGUUUAUUAGCACAAUUGAUGAUUAACAACGAAUAAGUUAUGUUUGCGUUUUCUCCUAUACUGUCCAGCAGCUGAACUUACACAGUUAGUGUUGUUGGCUGUAGCUCUUCUAAGAUAAAGGCUUUAGGUUAUGACCCUUACGAGGAAGGCCACCAGAGAAUGUACAAAAUUGAUCCUGGAUCAUAUAUUCCCAUUUUC